AAAUGUUUAAUCACCACAAUAUAUAUAUCUUUAUAUGUAUAUAUGUAUCACAUCUUGCUUUAAGAGACUGUAUAUUAUUCAUUCUUUUACUAUUAUUUUUAAAUGUUAAUAUAAUUUAUCAAUAUAAUUCUAUUUAAAAUUGACUAUGAUUGAUUACAGAAUAAAGUCAAAUAAUAUGCCGGGUGUUUAGUAACUAUGUAAAAGGAUCCGCCGAGUCCGUCCUUUUUCAAUUAGACUAGGUCUGUAUGCUGACGCAAUGCUCAAUUUCCGGACCAGAAAAGCCCCAAGACUCGGCUGGAUGAUUCGGUAAGACCCAAACUCGGAUUUUGGCAAUUACAGCGGAGCUAGAAACAGGGAAAUAAUACGUAGUUACGUACAGACAGUAAGAGACAAAAGUGUCGUCUCUCACUCUCCUGUCUUCCAAACUGGCUGCGAUUGAAGCGCCAAACGCAGGGCAAAAACUCCAAUCUCUCUCUCUCUCUCUCCAUACCACCUGGUGGCACCCCGCAAAGUCGAACGAACUGGUGGUAUCUGAUGUUCCCCGAUGGAUUGACCUGGAAAUACAUCCGUGUGAGAAAAUGGGGAGGAAAAUGGAGUAUCUGGCGAUGCAGACAGACCCAGGGGAUUUGAUAAAUUCGGACAUAAAUGACCUCAAGAUCGCGGCCACGAGCCUGCUUAUGCAUCUCUCCAAGCACGGCGGUCUAGGGCUCGGUACUUCCUUGUUCAAAUGGGUUGCCUCAUUCGCUGCUUUUUACUUGCUGAUAUUGGAUCGAACAAAUUGGAGAACAAACAUGCUGACUUCACUUCUAGUCCCUUACAUCUUCUUAAGUCUUCCCUCAUCCUUUUUCAGCUUCUUAAGACGUGAUUUCGGGAAAUGGGUUGCUCUCAUGGCAGUUGUACUAAGGCUUUUCUUCCCCAGACAUUUCCCAGACUGCCUGGAGAUACCCGGGUCGUUGAUUCUGCUUGUAGUUGUGGCUCCCAGUUUCUUCGCGCACACGGCUAGGGACAGCUGGGUGGGCACCGUUAUAUGUCUUGGCAUUGGUUGUUACCUUCUGCAAGAGCACAUCAGGGCAUCUGGUGGAUUCAGAAACUCCUUCACACAAAGGCAUGGUGUCUCAAACACGCUUGGCAUCAUCCUUUUGUUAGUUUAUCCAGUCUGGUCGCUCGUCAUCCACUUCGUGUAGCCAGCGGUUAACUACCUUUUUUUGGUCCAACUUUUGAAGGUUUGAAUUGUUGUUGGUAUCAGACCAUAAUGUUGUUCAGUAAUAAAUACCUUUGACGAGCCUGUUCUUUGGGAGUGGCUUUUCGCACCCUUUAAAUUGACAAAAGAUGCAAUUUAAGGAAGUGUCUAGCUUUGCAAAUUUCUAAUUCUAAGAUGCAGAUAAUGCAAAAUUCCUUAACGUCUUCUGCAUG